AUGUUUGUUUGUCUGUUUCCCCUUCCACCAGAUCCCCCGACAAUCAUCCGAGCGCCAGUCGACGUGACCGGUAUCCACGGGUCCACCAUCAGCCUGGUGUGCGAGGCCGGCGGAGACCCGGUGCCGACCCUCACCUGGACCAAAGCCGGCGGCAGGAAGAUCAACACCAGCAGCGGGACACGGUUUGACGUGGUUCUCUUUAACGGCGGGAGGGGGUCGGUGCUCAGGAUAGACCCCCUGCGAAGCCCGAGGGAUGACACGACGUUCGAGUGUAACGCUGACAACGGCGUUGGCCAGGCGGCUUCGGCGAGCGCCCUGCUACGUGUACUUAAAGAGGACAGACUGCCCCCUGGUUUCCCGGUCAUCACGCGCGACCCCCAGCUGAAGGUCGUGGAGAAAGGUCGCAUGGCCACACUGCUGUGCAGCGCCAGCGGGAACCCCGACCCUGAAAUCACCUGGUUCAAGGACAUGACCCCGGUGGACAUGAGCGACCCACGCAUUCGCCUUAUCGACUCAGCCUGUUUCUCUUUGUUUAUUUAAACAGGGGCCCUACAGAUCGAAGAUAGCAAAGAAGAGGAUCAGGGAAAGUAUGAGUGUGUGGCGACUAACAGCGAGGGAUCCCGGUAUUCCUCUCAGGCUAACCUCUACGUGCGAGUGCGCCGAGUUCCACCACGUUUCUCCAUCACACCCGAAGAUGUAGAGGUGAUGCCGGGCGGUAACGUCAACGUUACUUGCGUCGCCGUCGGCGCUCCGAUGCCUUUUGUCAAAUGGCGCAAAGGAGCGGAGGACCUAACCGACGAAGACGACAUGCCGAUCGGACGGAACGUGCUCCAGCUUCUGAACGUGCGAGAGUCGGCGAACUAUACCUGUGUUGCGAUGAGCAUCCUGGGAGUGAUUGAACACAACGCUCAGGUCAUGGUGAAGGCGCUGCCCAAACCCCCGGACCAGCCAACUGUGAAGCAAAAGACGGACAGCUCCGUGACUUUGGAGUGGACAGACGGCGAGAACAGGGAACCCAUGCUGUCCUACGUUGUUCAGUGGAAGGUGUUCGCAUCCACGGUGGAUUACGAAGAGGCGAGGGAUGUCACAUCCCGACGCUACACUGUUCAGAGCCUCCAGCCUUACACGGAGUACGAGUUUCGAGUGUCAGCUGUGAACAACAUUGGCCAGGGAGCACCGAGUGAGCCACGACAGGCUACAACUGGGGAGAGAGCGCCAUCCUCCCCUCCCGUUGACGUGACCGCCCGACCCAUCAGCUCCAGUACGAUGCUGAUCCAGUGGCGCGAACCCGAGCAGCCCAACGGCAAGAUCCAGGGCUACAUCAUCUACUACACCACCAACCCCAAACUGGACAUCGCAGACUGGGCCAAGCAUCGCAUGCACAGUGGGCUGCUCACCACCAUUAGUGAUCUGAUCACUAAAACCACCUACAACAUCCGUGUGCAAGCGUACACCUCCGUUGGCAGGGGACCCUUGUCGCCACCCAUACAAGUCAAGACAGAACAAGGAGUUCCUAGCCAGCCUACGGCCUUCGGCUGCCAGGGCCAGUCGGAGUCGAGCAUCCAGCUGACGUGGAACGCCGCGCAGUUGGAGGAGUCCACCGUCGACAGUUACGAGCUGUACUACAACAGCAGCCUCACCAACAACGAGACCCACAUCAGCAUCCGGCCAACCGAGUCAUUCGAGCUGCAGAACCUCAAGCCCAACACCCGCUACCGCCUGCGUCUGGCGGCCCGGUCUUCGCGCGGCGUUGGAGCGUUCACCCAAACUAUCAUUUGCUCUACCGCCCAGACAGUUCCUGGUGCCCCUCCCCGCGAAGUAACUGGCACUGCCCUGGACUCAGAGACUAUCCAAGUCCGCUGGGAGCCCCCGCCCGUGGAUCAACAGAACGGGGUGCUCACGGGCUACAAAGUAGCCUACAAAGAGAAAGACGGACAAGGGAGCGAUACCAUCGUGGAUCUGCCCCCUACGGAGCAAUCCUGUACCAUUCCGGGGCUAAAGAAGUGGACGGAAUACGAAAUCUGGGUCCUCGCUUGUACGGUAGUAGGCGACGGGCCCAGAAGCGAUGCACUCAUCGUGCGAACUGACGAAGAUGUUCCAGGUCCCCCGCGACGCGUCAACGCCGAACCAAUCAACUCCACCUUCAUCAUGGUGACGUGGCGUCCGCCGCGACCGGAGCUCGCAAACGGGAACGUACGCGGCUACCAGAUCCACUACCAGCGGCUUGCUCCCAGCGGAGAGCCUGUCGGGUUUCCGAUGAUGAAGGACGUCAUGAAUCCAGAGACUGAGGUUCGUUUUUUAGGAGCUUGAAAACACUUAAACAUACAUGAAAUGGCUAUCGGAGCUUUGGAGCCCGACACAAAGUACUCAGUGCAGGUUGCAGCGUAUACACUGAAGGGGGAUGGACAACGCAGCAAACCUAAGGAAGUUAGCACUCUUGGGAAUGUGCCGAACAAGCCGCCAGUGGAGCUAACUCGCACACGGGAUGGUGUUCAGGUCGAGUGGACCACGCCAACCAGGACGUUCGGACAGGUCCGCGGGUACCGCGUGCGCUACGGUCGCAAGGGAGAGGACCUGCGUAUCAUGCAGUUCUCAGCGUCCACUGACUACUAUGUCUUCACUGGUCUGGCUAAGGGAACCCUGUACGAGUUCCGUGUUUCGGCCAAGAACGGGGCCGGGUUCGGAGAAGAGAACAUCCAGCAGUUUGAGACCCCAGAGGACCGUCCCGACGGACCUCCCGAAAACAUCACCUCCACCGCGGUGGACGCCAGGACCAUCAAACUGGCCUGGGACGCCCCUACGCUCCAGUUGCGUAACGGCAGGAUCACGCAGUACAGUGUACGCUACAACGACAAGUCCAACAACGGACCGGAGAUCACCAACAUCACAACACUGCAGGAAAUCACGUACAAGAACCUGCGGCCAAGCACGCAGUACGUGUUCCGCGUCCGUGCGCACACGAGCGUCGGCCCUGGGCCAUGGAGCUCGUUGGUACAGCAGGGUACAUCGUAUGCAAAUCCGACAACACCCAGUCAAACAGUUCCCAACCCGAAACAAGAAGAAGAGAUGAUGGCCAAGCCUCUGAACCCUCAGGCAGAGACACUGAGUCCGACCUCCAUCAAGGUUUGGUGGUCGAUGCCUGCCAAUGCUCUGGACGGGCUGAUCGGGUACCGGAUCAAGUACUCCAGAAACCCCACCAAUGACGACUCUCCCUGGCUCAGCAAGGAUGUUGGGUUGGUGACGCAGGCAGUGAUUGGUAACCUGGAGGAGCAGACAGAGUACAGCAUACAGGUCAACCCUCUGUAUGUUAGAGGUGUGGGGCCGGCUUCGGACACCAUGAUUCACAGGACACAGCAAAAUGUUCCUGGCGCUCCGUCUAACGUCCUGGUGAAGACCAGUGGCACCAACAGGAUGGUUCUGCAGUGGGACGCUCCCAUCGACGGCGCAGUCAACGUGCAGAGCUACAAGAUCAAGUACUACGCAGACAAGGAGUUCCUGGAUGAGACGGGGAAGAAGAAGAAGUACGGCUUCAGCAACACCAUUGUGACGUCUGUCAACUCCAAACAGCAGGAGAUCUCUGACCUGAAGCCACACACAACAUACUUCUUCGAGAUCUGCGUGAUCCGAAACAACGGCAAUGAGGGGCCGGUCAUCACAACGUUCGAGAAGACUCUCAGAGAUGUCCCAGGUGUGGUGAGACCGCCAAGCUUCCAACCCGAGGACUCGACUGAAACAACCCUUCCCAUGACCCUCGUGCGCAGCUCUGAGGAGAACGGACCAAUUGAGUCGUAUGUGAUUGUUGUCGUCCCAGUGACGAAGGGUUCUGAUGGGAACUACGUGAAGCCGAGGAAGGCCCCUGAUGACUACACAGAUGAAGAGCUGCAGGGAACUGUGCAGGCACUGGCCUCAUCUGACUCGGUGUUGCCAGCCCGUCCGUACAUCGCUGCCAAGUACAAGUCAGCAGACUUCCCCAGCACCUUUACCAUCGGGGACGGCAGCAGGGUCAACGGCUUCUACAACAAACCUCUGGAGACGGGGAAACACUACAUGGCCUUCCUGCGAGCUUACAUCCCACCACGGCCACAGCCAGCCAACCCAGGGUUGGAUCGCCUAUACAAGUCCAGUAACUACUCCAAGCCCAUGACCGCGCAGGUGUCGCCGAGCGUUGGCAAGCAGGAGGUCACGCCUAACAACGUGCUGUGGGUCGUCGCCCCGGUGAUGUCAAUCAUCGUCAUCUCUGUCAUCAUCAUCGUCAUCCUCAUGUACAGGAGGAAGAAGACAGAGUCGGCACCUAAAGGAGGAGCACCUGAGCACCUGACCCAUCCUACUGACCCAGUGGAGCUACGCAGACUUAACUACCAAACACCUGCCAUGAUGAGCCACCCUCCCAUCCCGGUGUUGGAGCUGGCUGAGCAUAUCGAGCGUCUCAAGGCAAACGACAAUCUCAAGUUCUCUCAGGAGUAUGAGUCCAUAGAGCCAGGACAGCAGUUCACAUGGGACAACUCUAACCUGGAGGUCAACAAACCCAAGAACCGUUACGCUAACGUCAUCGCGUACGACCACUCGCGGGUCAUCCUGCAGAACAUCGACGGCGUGCCGGGUAGCGACUACCUCAACGCCAACUACAUGGACGGUUACCGCAGGCAGAAUGCCUACAUCGCCACACAGGGCCCUCUUCCCGAGACCAUCCCUGACUUCUGGCGCAUGGUCUGGGAACAGCGCAGUGCUACUGUCGUGAUGAUGACCAAACUCGAGGAGCGGACCAGGGUGAAGUGCGACCAGUACUGGCCGACCCGGGGCACAGAAACGUACGGGUCAGUCCAGGUCACCCUGCUGGACACCAUCGAGCUGGCCACCUACACCGUCAGGACAUUCGCCCUCUUCAGGCAUGGUUCUAGUGAGAAGCGUGAGGUGCGACAGUUCCAGUUCACGGCCUGGCCGGACCACGGCGUUCCUGAACACCCCACCCCGUUCCUCGCCUUCCUCAGGAGGGUCAAGGCCUGCAACCCGCCUGACGCUGGGCCCAUGAUCGUUCACUGCAGUGCUGGUGUUGGCAGAACCGGGUGCUUCAUCGUGAUUGACGCGAUGCUGGAGCGCAUCAAGCAUGAGAAGACGGUGGACGUGUACGGCCAUGUCACGCUGCUGCGCGCCCAGAGGAACUACAUGGUGCAGACUGAGGACCAGUACAUCUUCAUCCACGACGCGAUAUUCGAGGCCGUCUCUAGCGGAAACACGGAGGUGCCCGCGCGGAACCUCUACGCCCAUAUACAGAAGUUGACCCAGAUUGAACCCGGAGAGACGGUGACUGGAAUGGAGUUGGAAUUCAAGCGGCUGGCCAAUACCAAAGCUCACACCUCCAGGUUCGUCAGUGCCAACCUUCCCUGCAACAAGUUCAAGAACAGAUUAGUCAACAUCAUGCCAUAUGAAUCAACACGUGUGUGCCUGCAGCCAAUCAGAGGCUGCGACGGAUCGGAUUACAUCAACGCCAGCUUCAUUGAUGGUUACCGGCAGAGGAAUGCGUACAUCGCCACCCAGGGUCCUCUGGCAGAGACGACGGAGGAUUUCUGGCGGAUGCUUUGGGAGCACAACUCCACGAUCAUCGUCAUGCUGACCAAGCUGCGGGAGAUGGGCAGGGAAAAGUGUCACCAGUACUGGCCCUCGGAGCGCUCCGCUCGCUACCAGUACUUCGUGGUGGACCCCAUGGCGGAGUACAACAUGCCGCAGUACAUCCUGAGGGAGUUUAAGGUUACUGACGCCAGGGACGGACAAUCCAGGACGAUCCGCCAGUUCCAGUUCACGGAUUGGCCGGAGCAGGGCGUGCCAAAGUCUGGCGAGGGAUUCAUCGAUUUCAUUGGUCAGGUCCACAAAACCAAGGAACAGUUCGGACAGGAGGGGCCAAUCACAGCUCACUGCAGUGCUGGCGUGGGUCGGACGGGCGUGUUCAUCACCCUGGCGAUUGUUCUGGACCGGAUGAGGUACGAGGGCGUGGUGGACAUGUUCCAGACCGUCAAGAUGCUGCGCACACAGAGACCCGCCAUGGUGCAGACAGAGGACCAGUACCAGUUCUGCUAUCGUGCCGCGCUGGAGUAUCUCGGCUCCUUCGACCACUACGCCAACUGCUAACAUGUCCGGCCAUCGCCGCCUAACGCCAGCCAUUCAUCCGCUCCAAGCAGCCAAAAUCUUUUGUACGAUUCAAUCAAGUCAACACCGAUACCUCAUGGACCAAGUUGCAACGAUGAAAAAGGUUAUCCUUGCUUGGCUACCCACGCCGGACAUGCGUUAUUAUUUACUGUUGUGUUUGCUUACGCUAGGCGUCUGCUUAAGUUCGUCGAAAAGUUUGCACCGAAUUCGUGCACAACUUUUGCAAAUUCAGACUUGGUGGUCUAAAAAAAAGCGUUGCACAUUAAUUUUGCACUUAAAAUCAGAAGUGUGGGCACUUGAAAUUGAGUGUUGAAGUUGAUUUCUCUCGAAAGCGAUGGGAAUUGUUUUUGUACCACUUUCUCGAUAGCAGGACUAUACUUGGAAGUCUGAAAUUUGAUUCUGAUUGUUGUUUGAAGACAGCUUAUUACUCAUGUCGACAUGCUAAACACAUAACACAACCUCUACUCAAGUCAGUUAUACUGCCAGAAAAAAGCACUUGAACAAUCCAGACGUAUCCUCAGCACCCUAGAGAUAAAAUUGAGUUCGUCUAAAAAGAAAAAACAAGAAGUGCCGAAUUUGUAUCAUAAUGUUGUGAUGGACAAACAACACAAUUCUGUACAUAAAUUUUUGUACCUGUAUUUUUAGUAGCUGUACUUUUUAGUUGUGAAUAUAUUUUGCAUAAGGAAUGGAUUUUCGGUUGGUUGCAUAAUGCUACAGGACUGGGAAGAGAAACCCAGCCUGUUCAGAGGGUGGCAUAUGUUUCAAACAUGUACCUAUGCACGUUUUUGUGCAUCGUAGAUGAAUCCAACCAUUGUAUAAUAAGACGCCAAUGAAUUUUUUCGUAUGAUAUCACAUUAGUUGUAUUUACGUUGUUGUGUGGUGAGCCAAGUUCUCAUAUCAAAUAUUUUUGUAUGACGUUGAAAUUGUAUUAUCCACGUUUUCGGCAAAAAUCUUAGGUUGUAUCUCGUAGGCUUGAUCUUUGUUUUGUAAUCGAGAGAGCUUCUCUGUGAUAAGAGUAUCACUUAACAUAGCAAAGAGCGGAUGCGAAUAUGUGUGUGUAUGUUUGUAUAUAUCUGUGGGGAGUUUCGACAUUUGAUGCUGCCAUUUGGCAACUCCAAAAACGGUGAAAGGGACCUGUACUGUACUCCUACCGUAGACUAACUGAUUUCUGGUGAUUUUUUUUUUUCAUGAGACAAGCUCCUAAGUCUUCAACAAUUCAUUGUGAUUAUUUGCACAUCAGUUGAUGAUAGAACCUACGGUAUAUGAAAGUCCCAAAUGUUUAUACAUCUUUGAAAUCCAGAUAUUUCAGUCAUCAGAAAAGGACAGAUCCCUUUUUGUUGAAGAUUGUCAGUAGGAGUCAGGUAAAUAGGUGGUUGGCCCUUACUUCUUACUAAGUUAUGUUCAUUUUGUUCCUUUCCUUAUCGACUCAACUCCCCGGAUAGACAUACAACAUUUGUGUAAAGUAACUUAAACAAGCUUAUAUCAGCAUAGAUACAGAGAAUCAAGAUUUCUGUUGCACAUUUCCUGUAUGGAAAAGCCUUCAUUCUGUUCCUACAAUUUUGCAGAAAGUAUAUAUACUUUGCAGAAAGUAUAUGCCUGUUCAUCUGUAAUGUCUGAAGGUGCUAAACCCUGUGAUACCGCAAAAAGGUUGUAAGAUAUUUGCUUGUAUGUAAGAAUGUAAUGAAACUACCCCGUGUGCUUGUACAUUUUGAAUAUUGUGAAAGGUUGUACAAUGAAAGUCGUUCAGUUUCCUAGGAGGUUCUCCAAAGCAUCAGUUCUGUUACACUGUUGUAUAAAAGUUAGUAAUGUCAUCAAUGCCAGCUGUUUGUAACACUGCAACUUGGCCAAACUUCUCCGAAAACUUUUUGUAACAUUGUUUCGAAGAACAAAAUCAUGGGCAUACUACAUGUACCUUACAACCAAAACCAGUUGAUUAAGUACUGAUGGUAGGUGUUCUACAGUAGUUAUAGUGAGCCAAUCAUUGUCUCAACAUUAACAAAGUAGAGAUUGUCAUAACCCAAUGAUUUUGCCAGCUCUGCAGAUGUAUUGUCACAAGAAACCAAGCCUGUACAUACCCCAGAACUCAUUCAAUCGUUUUGUUCCAAAGUUUAGAUUUUGGUUCGCAAAAGAUGAGACCCAAAGCAACCAGAGCUUUUCAGAUUUGGCCACCUGGCACGCCAGAACUGUAUAAAUUAGGGUUCUGUGGACUCUGUACAGGUUUUGUUGAUUGGUUGUGUGGUUGACAGGACAAAGAAGUUAAAUGGUGCCAUGAAAUCCUUACUGUAGUAACCAGUUUUAUGGUUCUCAAUGGUAACUUAGCGUUCCAACUGUGUUUUGAGCAAGUCAGUGAAUUGAUCGUAUUCGAGACUGCGAAACCACAAAGCCAUUUACUGUUCACAGACACAGACAUGUUCCAGUUUUGAGUGUAAGGCCAGACCAAGGUUAUUACUUGGUUCGGAAUAUUGUAAAAAAGAUUGUGUGACCGAAGUGUAACAAACUUUGUAAUGCACAUGUCAAAACUUUAUAUCAUAUUUCAUUUCAUAGUAGAACCUAACAUGCUGUAUUGAUUACUUGUAUUUUGGGAAUCUGAAAGAAAUGUAUUUGGCAAAUGUGAGAACCAAGCUGUAAGAUUGGUGUGGUCUGGACCAGUUUUCAGAUGUGUAUAGAGAGUUGGCACUGUAACGUCUGUAGUCACUGCUAGAUCACCAUGUUCUGGAGGCAAUCGGUCCCAUCAUUUGUAUUUACGCAUGUACAAAUUUUGCCAAAGAUUGCUGAUGAGCAACGCUUGUUUGAAAUAAAUUGUCUGAAACUUAA